AUGACCUACUUUACUAGCUGGGAAGAAUUCGCGAAGGCAGUAGAGAAGCUACAUUCUGUAAAUGCAGAGAAAUGCAGGUUCGUGACGAAGUAUAACCACCGAGAUGGCAAGUUGACUAUGAAAAUGACGGACGAUGUGGUUUGUGUACAAUUCAGCACGAAUCAACUGCAAGAUGUGAAAAGAUUGGAGAAAUUGUCGGCAUCGCUGAUGAGAUCGAUGGUUUCUUCUCACAGCUAG